GGGAAAGCACGUGAGGACAGCAGGCCCGGAACUGGCCGCCUCCCUUGGUGGGCGCUGAGGGGAGAGGAGGGCUGCAGGGGUGGGCGCAUCUGGUGGGCAAAGGGCAGCAGGACCAAGGACACCCGCAGGCAGGGCUCCGGGAACAGACGGAUUUGGAGACGAAGCCAUGGACAGCCAGCUGCAGGUGCUGGCAAUUUUGUCCCAGCAACAAGGAAAGUGAAGGAGGAGCAGACAGUCCCAGAGGGGCAGAAUUGCUAAUUCUGUUUACAACGCGCUGCUGUCAUUUUGUUGUGGAAUGUCAGAGAACUGGCUUAUUUGUGUGGACAGUGAAGAGGGAGCCAACCUUUCCGUCCUGAGGCAGGUUUCACGAGCAGGUGAACCAGUCUGGAACCCAGAUUGCCACGGGUCCUCGCUGUAAGAAGCCACAAGAGCAGGCUGUACCGAGUCUGGAGGACCCUCCGUCGAUCUCUUUGCCAGGCAAACUUGAUGCAGCUGAGUUGUCACCAUCUGUGAGACCUCGCCUGGAAGCAAGUCCUUCCCCUCGGCGGCUCCCCCAGACGUGGUCCUGAUCUCUCCCCCAAGUGACCCCCGCAGGCCUGGCUCUGGGCUCAAGCCGGGCUUGUCUGUGGGCUCUGUGGGUCAGAGUUGCAGGAAGGGCAGGGCCAUGCUCCCAGCCCUGGUGCCUCCCACAGGCCCUGUGGUGGCAGACCUGCCAUUGGCUGGCCGGGCAAGGCCUGGGCGUGAGAGGGCUCCAUGAAGGGGGCUGAGCUUGAGGCUGGAGGCCCUUCCCCUCCCCAGCCCACCCAAGGGCUCGCAAAGGGGGAUGAGAGCGAGCAGCCAGGGCUGGGCCCAGAGCCCACCGCCCCGCAGCAGUGCUUGGAGGAGGAGGAGGCCCUGAUUGAGUUCCACCGCUCCUACCGCGAGCUCUUCCAGUUCUUCUGCAACAACACCACCAUCCACGGCGCCAUCCGCCUCGUGUGCUCCAAGCACAACCGCAUGAAGACUGCCUUCUGGGCUGUGCUCUGGCUCUGCGCCUUCGGCAUGAUGUACUGGCAGUUCGGCCUGCUGUUCGGGGAGUACUUCAGCCACCCUGUCAGCCUCAGCAUCAACCUGGACUCUGACAAGCUGGUCUUCCCCGCCGUCACCGUCUGCACCCUCAAUCCCUCCAGGUACAAAGAAAUUAAAGAGCAGCUGCGGGAGCUGGAUCGCAUCACGGAGCAGACGCUCUUCGACCUGUACAAGUACAACGCCUCCAGCACCCUCCUGGCCGGUGCCCGCGGCCGGCGCGACCUCGAGGAGACCCUGCUGCACCCGUUGCAGCGAAUCCCGGUUUCACCCGGACCAGGAAGAGCGCGCAGCGCAGCCUCCAGCUUGAAGGACAACAACCCCCAGGUGGACCGGAAGGACUGGAGGAUCGGCUUCCAGCUGUGCAACCAGGACAAGUCUGACUGCUUCUACCAGACCUCGUCGUCAGGAGUGGAUGCCGUGCGGGAGUGGUACCGCUUCCACUACAUCAACAUCCUGGCGCGGCUGGCCGACACCUCGCCCUCGCUGGAGGAGGAGGCUCUGGGCAACUUCAUCUUUACCUGCCGCUUCAACCAGGCGCCCUGCACGCAGGCGAAUUACUCUCACUUCCACCACCCGAUAUACGGCAACUGCUACACUUUCAACAACAAGAAUGACUCCAGCCUCUGGAUGUCUUCCAUGCCUGGGAUCCACAACGGUCUGUCCCUGACACUGCGCACAGAGCAGAACGACUACAUUCCCCUGCUGUCCACGGUAACGGGGGCCAGGGUCACGGUGCAUGGGCAGGACGAACCAGCCUUCAUGGACGACGGGGGCUUCAACCUGCGACCUGGCGUGGAGACCUCCAUCAGCAUGCGGAAGGAAGCCUUGCACAGACUCGGGGGCGAUUACGGAGACUGCACACAGGACGGCAGCGACGUCCCGGUCCAGAACCUGUACCCUUCCAAGUACACACAGCAGGUGUGCAUCCACUCCUGCUUCCAGGAGAGCAUGGUGGAGAAUUGCGGCUGUGCCUACAUCUUCUACCCCAGGCCCAAGGGCGUGGAGUUCUGCGACUACAGGAACCACAGUGCCUGGGGCUACUGCUACUAUAAGCUCCAGGGGGCCUUCUCCUCCGACAGUCUGGGCUGCUUCAACAAGUGCCGGAAGCCGUGCAGUGUGACCAACUACAAGCUCUCUGCGGGUUACUCACGUUGGCCCUCGGUGGCAUCCCAGGACUGGAUCUUCCAGAUGCUGUCCCUACAGAACAACUACACCAUCAACAACAAAAGAAACGGGGUCGCCAAACUGAACAUCUUCUUCAAGGAGCUGAACUACAAAACCAACUCCGAGUCCCCGUCAGUCACGAUGGUCACCCUCCUGUCCAACCUGGGCAGCCAGUGGAGCCUGUGGUUUGGCUCCUCCGUGCUGUCCGUGGUGGAGAUGGCCGAGCUCAUCUUCGACCUCCUGGUCAUCACCUUCCUCUUGCUGCUGCGGAGGCUCCGGAGCCGCUACUGGUCGCCCGGCCGAGGGGCGGGGCCCGCGCGGGAGGCGGCCUGCACGCCUGCCCGCUUCUGUCCGCAUCCGGCCUCCCCGGACCUGGCGGCCCCCCCGCCCGCCUAUGCCACCCUCAGCGCCUGCCCCCCUCCACCGGGCUGGGCCUGUGCCCCGGGGCAGCCGUGAGGUUGGCGCCGCCCGGCCCCUAGGGCCGGUGCCUGUGGCCGUGAGGCCAGGCUCCGGGGGUGCGGACCAGUGUCCUUGUCCCGAUCGGGAGCCAGCAUUGGUGCUCGGGCCAGGAACUUCCCUAGGAAACGCCCGGCAACAGAACAAACACAGACAAGGCAGGCUCCCGGCUCCUCUCCAGCGACCACGUGGCCCCCAACUGGCCUGGCCACGCUCCCUCCGGGGACAUAGAGGCUGCUCUUGCUCUUGACCUUGGUGGGGAACCCUGCCCAAAAGCCCCCGCUCCCUUUUAGCUCUUGGGCAAUUCUCCUUCCCCGACUCCUCAGGGCAGGGGCUGGAACAGACCAAUUUGGUGAAGGUUUGGCCCUUCUCAGUCAUUCCCAGACUCCCCUGAUAGCCUCCAGCCCUCAGAGCCGUAGCCGGUGUCUCUGCCCUGAGCCCUUCAUACCUCUAGGUCUGCUCAAGCGAUUUCCUCAGCCAGGAACUUUCCCUUAUCAUCUCCUGGAGAGCUCCUAUGCAUCCCUCAGAACUCCACUCAGGCACCAUUGCUUCUAUGAAAGCCUGAUGUCACAGAACUGCUCCCACCCUUGCAUUGGACGCCAUGGCACACUGUGACGUCUGCUGGAACACUGAUGUCGCAUUCACAUUUCUGUUCAUUUCUGUCUGCUCCCGACUGUGUGGUGGGCUCCUGGUGGUGAGGGACUGAGUUUUGUUACUCACCUGUUCUCCAGGUCUGCCUGGCAUCCUGCCUGGAGCACCUAGGCAGGUGCUCAAUGAAUGUUUGUUGGUUGAAGCCCUGUCAUGGAGAGCCAGGUCGUGCUUUGAAGUGGGCUCCGAGUGGGUACCAGCCCUGGAGUCGCUGCGCCAGCUUCCAGGAGGUCGGGACGGGGAGGCUCUCGUGGAACACCCCGUGCUCCAGGGCCUCUGGAGAGGGAGGGGACCCCCCUCCCUGGGAGAGGUGCCAGCUCCGAGCUUAUCUGCGGGCAGGCGGGGAGCAUGGCUGGCUGUGCCUCUGCCUUCCUCCGAGCUUGCUCAGUGCUUUGGCCGCUCGACCCCCCUCCCGUCUGCUGCCCUCUGGGCCAUGUUUCCUCAGAACCUCGCUGCUCAGUCGAAGAAUCCUCCACUCUCCGCUCUCCCGGGAGAAGCUGGGGUCCCGGGGGGCCAAGGGGCAUCUGAGCUCCAGCCUGCAGCCCACUCCACCUUCUAGCUCCCUUCUUUUUUUUUGGUACCGGGGAUUGAACUCGGGUCCUUGUGCUUGUGAGGCAGGCAACUGAACCACUGGGCUAAAUCCCUCGCUCCCUUCUGUUGCCUCCCCUGCUGCCCAUCUCUGUCUCAUUCUCCACUCUGCCCGAGGUGCCUCUGGGAAGGAAGGAUGCAGGAAGGGUCGUGACCCCGACUUGAGGCCUCCAAUUCCCUCUCCUUGAUUCUCGCCGAUGGGGGAAAUGGUGCUGUCCCCUGCCUGCCCCCGUCCAUCAGAGCCCUCAGGUGUGCCCAGCCUGUGCCUCAGCCUCUCCCUGCAGGGAGGGGGACCAGGUGGACAGAGCGGGUCAGCCCGAUCACCUGCAAGCCCCCCUCAGUCUCAUGCUGCCUGCCCUGUCUGUGGUUCUCCUAGGACUUGGGUCCCAGCUUCCUUAUCGGGUUAGUGGGUGGAGUGGCUGGCCCAUGUCCUGCUCUGACAGAACCAGCUGGAACCGGGUCUCCCGUGACCGUGACUGUGACUCGCCCUGCCUCUCUGGGAAGGGUGGGGUCCUGAUGAUAAGGUGGGGCGAGAACCCACGUCACCUGGGCUGAGCCAGUGCCCUCUCAGGUUCAGUGUGCACCUGUGUGUGUGUGUUGGCGCUCAUGUGCCUGUGUGAGGCAUGAGGGGGCAAGACUUGCUCUGAAGCUUUUUUGUGUGGUCCUGAGGAUCAAACCUAGAGGGCCUCUACUACUGAGCUCUGGCCCCAGCCCUUCUCAGUUUUAAUUUUGAAACAGUCUCACUAUGUGGCCCAGAUUGGCCUGGAACUUUCAAUCCUCCUGCCUCAGCCUCCCCAGGAGCAGGAAUUAUAGCCCUGCACCACCACACCCAGCUUUCGACCUCUUCAUUGGCUCCGAGAGCCCAGGAGCCAACUCUGUCCUCCCAUCUGGGCCCUCUUGUCUCCAUCGCUUCGCCCAUCCAACCCCACCACCAUUUUUCCUACUCUUGGAGGGAUUAUGAUCUUCUGCAGGAAACUAGCUAGGUUUUCUUGAUUGUUUUUCCUGGUAUCGAGGCCAGGGCCUUGUGUGUCCUCAGCAAGCACUCUGCCAUCGAGCUACGCCCUGCCCAAAGCAAGCCAGCUCUUCACCCCACGUCUGAGUGCUCUUCACCACCAACUGUGUCAAAGCUUUAAAGUUAGUGCUGGGGAUUUAGCUCAGUGGUUUCGCUGCCUGCUGCGCAAGUGCAAGGAUCUGAGUUCAAUCCCUGGUACCAAAAAAAAAAAAAGCUUUAAAUUUAGCAAAUCGGCAUUGAAUCCUAAUUGUGGAGAGAAGUUCUUUCAUCCCAGGCUGUGGCUAAGGGCUUGCUUUGGCAGCUUGUACAGACUACUCUAAAUUCCUCAUAACACUAAACAUGGGAAAUCGAAGUGGUUAUUAGUAUGAACUAUUAAUAUUGCUAGCCCUUGUCGAAUGUUUAAUGCAUGGUUGCUAAAUACUUUAUGUGCAUUUAAUUAUCCAACCAGCUCUGUGAGAGGUGCUAGCAUGUUGGCACAUUUCCCGUUUUUAAUUCUCUUUGUCUGCCUACCAUCUCUAUCUAUCUAUCAACCGUUUAUCCUCUAACCUGUGGUGCUAGGGUUGAGCCAAGACCUGGUGCUUGCUGGGCAUGGGCUGGCCCUGAGCCUCUCAUUUUCUUAGCUGAGGGGCCUGAGGUUCUCCCAGCCUCUUCACAGGACACACUGGCUAUUCGAGUGGCCCUGCUCUUCCAGAGCUUGGUCUGGGGUCCACUCCCCUCGCCUGCCUUCCUGUGGUUGGUGGCAGCCCCCUCCUCUGUGAGUCCUUCCACAGCCCCAGGUCUUCAGAAGCUUUGGGCUGGGCUGGGCUGGGCUGAAGUCAGCCCGGGCAGGGCACCUAGGCUCCAUCAGAGACCCAGGUUCUACCCAAGCAGGUGCCUGGGGAAUCCCAGAGGGGAGACCAAGAAAACCAGGGGUGGACUCGGGGCUGGAGGUCAGCUGUAGCUCAAAGGGAGAGAGGCAGGAGCUCUGGUCCCAAGCCUGAAGCCCUAGGCCUCUGCUCCGCUGGUCUUCCUGCUUUUCUCACGGCCUUGGCCUUGAGUUGGGGAUGGGUACAGCGAGUGAAUGUGGGGCCGGUGUUGUAGAAUUCGCCUGGGAGGAAGCUGCUCAGGCAGAGACGCCACCGAUGCCCACCCCUGAUGGGAGCUGCGGCUGGGAGUCUCACUGUGGAGGGACUGGGAACUAGGAAUUGGGGCUUCUCUGUUGGGCCUCUCGGGGCCUCCCCAAAGCCAGAGGGCUGUAGUAAAUUCUCUCCAGGGGCA